CCUCAUUUUUAUCUUUGCAUUUAUGCCAAUCAAGAUCAAUCCAAGAAUAGUCAAAUUUGAAUUGCUUCAUUAAUGAAUUACUAGCAGCCAUUCUUGCCCAUUAGAAACAUUCACAACCUUCUGAUCAUUUCCUAACUACAUCUCCUUCUCUUUAAAUUCAGUACCAUCUCUUAACUUCUCUUAUUCAAAACUACAACAUUCUCCUUUCUUCAUCUUCAUAUUCAAGUACAAUUAGUUAUAACUUCAAUGGAAGAGCUUGAUAUACCAUGUUACUUCCUUUGUCCCAUAUCUCUUGAUUUAAUGAGAGACCCUGUGAUAAUCUCCACUGGUAUCACCUUUGACAGGGAUAACAUUGAGAGGUGGAUAUUUUCCGGCAAGCGGAAAACUUGCCCGGUGACUAACCAAGCUUUACAGGACCUUGAUCUCACUCCUAACCAUACUCUUCGUCGGUUAAUCCAAGCAUGGUGCACGGCCAACACUUCUAAAGGUGUCGAGAGGUUCCCGACCCCUCGACAACCUAUUAGCAAAGCCGAGCUUUCUCAUUUGCUGGUUUGCAUUAAUUCAACUGUACCGGAUGAUCGGUUAGCUUCUUUGCUUAAGCUCAAAUCUAUUGUCUUAACAAGUGAAAGGAAUAAACAGUUUGUUGAGGCUUCUGGUGCUGUUGAUAUCUUGGUUUCAAUCAUAAAGGAAAAGUAUAACAUGUCCAUUGAUGAUGAAGAAGAAGAAGAAGAGUGUUCAGUUAGUGCUUGUGAUGAAGCUUUGUGCAUACUUUGUUCUCUUCAACUCUCAGAUGAAACUCUUGUAGAUAUUAUAUCAAGAAACACUGACUUUGUGGAGGCUUUAACGAUGAUGUUACACCGGUCGAACUAUCAAACAAGAGCUUAUGCUUCAUUAUUAUUAAGGUUUAUAGUUUCGGUGAUACCUCCGGUGAGGUUGGUGGGGUUGAAGGAGGAGCUGUUUGAAGGUGUGGUGAGAGUGAUCAAGGAUAAGGUCUCCUACCAAGCUUCAAAAGCCGGGUUGAGAAUUCUAGCAUGGAUUUGUCCUUGGGGAAGGAACCGGAUGAUGGCGGUUGAAGCCGGAGCAGUAACAACAUUGAUCGAGCUUCUCCUCGAUGAACCGGAAAAGAUAAUCUGUGAAUUGAUAUUGCUUGUGCUUGAUCUUAUGUGUGGUUGUGCAGAAGGGAGAUCAGAGAUGAUGAAGCAUGCAGCAGGGAUUGCAGUGGUGUCUAGAAUGAUGUUAAGAGUUUCAUCGGUGGCGACAGAGAGAUCGGUGAGGAUAGUGUAUUCGUUGAUUAAGUUCUCCGCAACGCCGGCGAUCCUAAAUGAGAUGUUGGCUGUGGGAACUGUAUCUAAGUUGUGUUUUGUUCUCCAAAUUGAUUGUGGGGUGAAGAUCAAAGAGAAGGUUAAGGAGAUACUUAGGUUGCAUUCCAUGGCUUGGAAGCAUUCCCCUUGUUUAUCACCUCAGUUGCAGUCUUCAUAUCCAUCUUAAUUAAGUUCAUGCCAUAUGUAU